AUGAGGGGAGGCGAACUUUGCGACUUGUCAGAGGGCAUUAGUGGGCGUAACGUUAGGGCAAUCUCGGGGUUUUUGAUUUUUCGGGACAUGAGGAAGGGCAGUCAGAGCUCUCCAUAUGUUUGUGCACUCAACUGCAGACAUCGCUGGUCUCUCAUUUCGAAUGACGGUGGUUUGCUAGACCGUACUAUCUCUUGUUGUUAUUGCUCUGACAAGCAAUCAACUGUUGAGAUCACUACAAUGACGACACAGUUAGCUUCUCAGAGUGGUGGUGGUGGUGGUGGUGGUGGUCGAGUAUCCGUGAAAGAUUUAUGUUGCCUUUUUUGUUGUCCUCCAUUGCCUUCCUCAAUUGUUUCCAAACUAGCCUUUAUGCCACCCGAAGCAAGCUAUCGUAUUGUGAAGCACGAUUCCCAAAUCACUUCACUAGAAUUAGUGGAAGGACGGGCAGAUUGGCCGCAUGGCUACGAUGAACUCCGUAACAUCGAUGUCUUCCACACUCGCACACGAAGAAGGAAUGACAUUGUUUGUAUGUAUGUCAAACCAUGUGGUGAUGCUCGUUUCACUUUACUAUUUUCACAUGGCAAUGCGGUUGACCUCGGGCAGAUGUGUAGCUUUUAUUAUGGGCUUGGUUUUCGUCUCGGAUGCAAUGUUUUUAGCUACGAUUAUUCGGGAUACGGAUGUUCUAGUGGUAAGCCAUCAGAGAAGAAUCUCUACGCUGAUAUUGCAGCAGCAUUAGCAGCACUGCGUUCAAGAUAUCAAAUGCCUUUAAAUCAAAUUAUUCUUUACGGUCAGUCCAUAGGAACUGUUCCAAGUGUGGAUUUGGCUAGUACCGAAAGUUCCGUAGCAGCACUUAUCCUGCAUUCUCCGCUGAUGUCCGGAAUGCGUGUGGCGUUUCCUGGAACACAGCGAACGUGGUGUUGUGAUGCGUUUCCAUCUAUCGAUAAAGUAGCACGUGUACGUUGCCCAACACUGGUUAUCCAUGGUACAGACGACGAAGUGAUUGAUUUUUCGCAUGGUUUGUCCAUUUACGAACAUUGUCCUUCAUCGGUUGAACCACUUUGGGUGCCUGGCGCAGGACAUAACGAUGUGGAACUACACGCAGCGUAUCUUGAUCGGCUCAGAGCAUUUAUCGAAAAUGAAGCUUAUAGAGGGAAGGAGACUAGUACCGUUACAACAACAACUUCACCUGUAUCGCAUACUACUUCAUGAUUGAUUUGGUAAUAUUUGUC